GCGCGUGCUCCGUGCGGGAUGCUGAAUUGUAGGUGAUGAUGGCGGAAGGGGAGCACCGCUGAGUUUCAUCUGAGUUUUCACCACAGCUGUAGAACCAUCUACAACAUCGUUUCUGUCCAUCGAGACCUAUCCCGAGGCGAUGGGGAACGAGGCCAGCAUGGAAGGGGAGGGACAGGCGGGACAGCCCGGCCCCGCCGUCCCUGCAGCAGGGGCUCCGGCUUCCAUUUCAGCACCACCGGACUCUGGACAGCUCAUCAAGCCCAGCAAUGGAGCGCCAGCCGGAGGAAGUGGGGCUGGACCCGGGCCGGGGAUUAACAGGCCACCUCCAUCAGACUCAGGACCUAAAGCAGGCGGCCAGAUCGGUCAUGGGACAGGUGACAGGUUGGCUUCCCAUGACACCCCACAGCAUGCUGCGCCUCAUGGAGAGCAGGGCCAGGGCCAUGUGGCCAGGAAGAGUCUGCAGGUGGACGUCGGUAGUAGCAGAACUGGGAGGUCCCCUUCUGCUUCCCCAGACCGAGGCAGUGUCCCCACCUCCCCCUACUCUGUGCCUCAAAUAGCACCCAUGCCCAGCAGCAAACUGUGCCCCGUCUGCAAAACCACCGACUUGAUGGGCACUGGGGAUGACAAGCCGAACAUCAACACCUGCACGCAGUGCCGCUCCAUGGUGUGCAACCAGUGUGGCUUCAACCCAAACCCUCACCUAACAGAGGUCCAAGAGUGGUUAUGUCUAAACUGUCAAAUGCAGAGAGCACUGGGGAUGGAUAUGACCACACCACGUUCCAAGAGUCAGCAACAGAUUCACUCUCCUUCUCAUGCAACCAAUCCAGACCCUAAACCUAACGCUUCAGCUCAGCCCGCACCUCAGACACAUACACCUCCUCAGACGCAGCCUCCAUUGCAGGCCCAUCCAGUGCCUGGCCCUACCAAACAGACUGGUCCAGCUGGCGCAGGUCAGCAGCAGGCAAGGCUCCCUCCAGGGGCAGUCCCUCUCCCUGGGAUGGCCAAGGCCCCAUCCCAGCCUGAUUUAUCCCGUAGCUCACCCGCCCACCAACCCCAGCACCCCCGCCAGGACCAGACACGCAGUGCAGGAAGCUCCCCUUCACGACAGCCCCCACCUCCAGAGCAAACCUUCGGGAAGUUGUUUGGCUUUGGUGCGUCUCUUCUCAAUCAAGCAAGCACUCUGAUAUCAGAGACUACUCAACCCCAACAGCAGCCCCCUAAACCAGCCCCCAAACCAGGAGGACCUCCUGGUCCAGGACCUGGGGCAGGUAAACCCUCAGGACCUCAGUCUGCGCAACAAGGGCCUCGACCCCCUUCUCAGCAGCAGCAGCAGCAUGCUCCCCCGGACUCCUCUAAGGCCAAAGCCUCUUGUCCCCUCUGUAAAACAAAUCUCAAUAUAGGCAACACAGCAGAACAACCCAACUACAACACCUGCACACAAUGCCGCUCCCAAGUGUGCAACAUGUGUGGAUUCAAUCCCACUCCACACAUAGUCGAGAAGAAAGAAUGGUUAUGCUUGAACUGCCAGACACAGCGGGCCCUGUCAGGAAGCUUGGGAGAUAUUCCGGCUCCUGUUCCACAGCCCAUGGCAUCCCCCCGGUCACCUGUUCCAGCCAAUCAACAACCACCUCAACAGAAAGGGCCCAAUCAACUAUCAGGGCCCAGGGCCACAGGUCCUCAACAACAACAGAAACCAGCGGGUCCCCAAGUAAGUGGCCCUCUCUCUAAUGUGAAACAGGCUGGGCCUACCUCUGAAACCAAAGGUUCUGCCCAACUUAAGAGUUCAACCCAGCCACCUUCCCAAGCUAAGGGUCCAACACAACCCACGGCUCAGAGUAAGGGACCUGGUCAGGUUAAAGGUCCUACUCAGUCACACGCUCAAAGUAAGGUCCCUGCUCAGCCAGCUAACCAGACGAAGGGCCCGAGCCAGGCCAAAGGGCUGACUCAGACAAAGGUAUCUGCUCAGCCCUCUGCUCAGACUAAGGGCCCUUCUGGUGCCAAGACUUCAUCUACCCCUGGUAAAGCUGCACCCAGCAAUGCCAAGGCUUCUUCCACCCCUUCAAAAACCAUACCUACUCAGUCUAAACCCACAGGUAACAACCAGGCCCGCAAACAGCCGCAAAGCCAGGAGAAGACUAAAGUUGCAUCUAAAUCUCUAAAAGAAGACGUCAAAGCCUCACCAAAGAAGGCAUUGUCAGAGACUGUCACUUCUCCAAAAGACACGAAGAUAGCUGAAGAUGCGCAGAAGUCAAGACACCAUGAAGAUUCCAACAAAUCAAGUUCUCAGAGUUUAAGUGACACUGGAUACUCUUCAGAUGGCAUCUCCAGUUCUCAUGGGGAAAUUACUGGUCAGAUUCGGGAAGAAGGAAUCAAGCUCAGUGAAAGAGGUGCUUCCAUCCCCUCAGAAAUCACCAAGCUGGAGAGCUCCAUGAAACCUCUGUUGGAGUCAAAGAGUGCUUCAGAUCAGAAGCACAGGCCACAUUCACUGUCUGUAGGACAGGACAUCAGUCCCGAUGACGAUGCAGCAAGAGAUGAAUCAGAAGAUGACCUCAGUUGUAAGCUUCGACAUGAUUACGUGGAGGACAGCAGUGAAAGUGGUCUCUCACCAUUGCCAGUAAGACAGAAGAAGUCACAUAAAGAUUUAACAGAUGAAGAAUACAUGAGGAGGCAAAUUAUGGAGAUGAGUGCUGAUGAAGAAGAUUUAGAAGAUUAUGGAAAUCAGAAAGUAAAAAAGUCACAUAAAACAAGUGGAGACUUAAACAAAGAGAGGCGACGACUCUCUCAUCAUUCUAAUAGUUUUGAGGAUGACGCCAAGGUUUCAGAAGGGGCUUAUAAGGCAAAUGAAGAAGAAGACGUUGUAAUCGCUGGAGGCCUUCGCCGCUUUAAAACCAUUGAGCUAAAUAACACCAACAGCUACAAUCGAGACAUGGAGCUCAGUACUGAGCAUGACCUACGAGAACCAGAGCUAGAAAUGGAAAGUCUGACUGGGUCUCCAGAGGAGCGGUCUAAGGGAGAGUAUUCAUCAACUCUGCCUGCCACCACCCCCAGCUACACCUCUGGAACAUCCCCCACAUCUGUGUCAUCCAUGGAGGAUGACAGUGACAGCAGCCCUAGCCGUAGGGCGCGACUAGAGGAGGCCAAGCAGCAGAGAAAGGCUCGCCAUCGUUCCCAUGGGCCCCUGCUGCCAACCAUUGAGGACUCAUCUGAGGAGGAUGAGCUUAGAGAAGAGGAAGAACUACUUAGAGAACAGGAGCAAAUGAGAGAUUUAGAGCAACAGAGGAUCAGAAGUACUGCCCGAAAAACAAAAAGGGAUAAAGAAGAGCUACGAGCCCAAAGACGCAGAGAAAGGUCCAAAACUCCUCCAAGUAAUCUCUCUCCUAUCGAGGAUGCAUCACCAACAGAGGAGCUGAGGCAGGCUGCUGAGAUGGAGGAACUUCACAGAUCGUCGUGUUCGGAGUACUCACCUUCUAUGGACUCUGAGGCAGAAGGCUUUGAGAUAAUUGGUGGAAAGCUUUACAAAUCAGGAAAUGAAUAUAACCUUCCAACCUUUACAUCUCUCUACUCUCCAACAGAAAAGACAGCAGUUUUACCGUCUGAUAAAACACUGAAAAGUGCAGAGGAAGUGUACGAGGAGAUGAUGAAGAAAGCACAGCUCAUGCAGAGGCAGGGACAAGCUGUUAAUCAGCAGAAAAGUACCUCUCAGUCUGAUGAUAAGCAUCAUCUUGAAGCUGGAACUGCACUCACCCCUGGCUCAAGCCCAACACAGGUUACUGCACCUAUGUCCUUCUCUACAACAGGCAGUGAUCCAAGAAUUCCAGGUAUUCAUGCAGCACAGCAUCUAUCAAAAGAAACACAAAACAGGAUGAUGACACAGAGUGCCAAAAUUGAAGGUGUUGUUGGAGUUGCCACAACAAAAGCUGCGAGUCAUACUGUCACAAAUCGCCAGACAGGUGGCCCGGUACCUGCUGGCACCAAGGUAGGCUCCCAGAGGCCAACACAGGCACCAUCUGACCCUGGAACAACCUCCCUGACCUCCAGAGUCUUUUCCCUUUUCAAAGGGUCUAGCCCCCCAGUCUCUCCCACUGCUUCUCCAGUACAAAGUCCAACUCAUGCCCCAUCUGUGCGAUCCACUAGUAGUGGUGGCAGGCAACUGCCAUCUCUGCCUGGUGGUCCUACAUCAGCUGCAGCAUCCCAUGGGGCUCAGGCACCUCAAAGAGCAGUUUCGCCACGUCUCAUACGACAGCAGUCCUCCCAAGAUUCACCCGUGAUGGUGAUAACUCUCGGUUCUGAAACAACUAGUCCUGCCAAGCCACUUACUGUAAAUUCUUCCACUUCGCCUUUGUCAUCUCCAACACAAGCAAGUUGUAAAACACUGUACAGCUCGCAUCCCUCUUCAACAAGUUCGCCAACAUCACCUCAAAAACACCCAUCACAACAGUCCCUGAAACAUUCUUCUCAGAUGGCUCAGAAUGUAGAAAAAGUUAAUGUUGGUAUAAGUGCUGGAUCUGUGGAGAUAUCUCUAGGUAAAAUUUCAAAUAUUCAAGGCACUUCAAAGGUUAUAGGUCAGGGUGAAACACUUCCUGGCACUAAUGUUGUGGAUUUGAGGGCCCCAAUGAGGCCAGCUCCAAUUAUAAUGACAGACCAGGGAAUGGACCUAACAUCCCUUGCCUCUGACACAAGACGAUACUCUUUAGGAGCAGAGCAGCCAGCUGGUAGACACACAGCAGUGCAACCUCUUAUCAUGAACCUGAAUGCACAAGAGCAACCACACGUAUCUGUAUCAACACCAACCACAGUGAGUGUCACAGUCGCAGGUUCAACAUUCAUAUCCCAACCAAAGCAGCCUGUCGUGUAUGGAGAUCCCUUACAAAACCGUGUGGAUCUUGGGCAAGGUGUCGGAUCAGCUGUCUGUUUAACCCAGAGUAAGCCACCAAUCACAGACCCAUCUAUUCCCAAAAUCGAUGCCUGUCUGGAGAAUCUGGGUAUACAGCAGCAACAACUGCAGUUACAGCAGCAGAAGCUGCUUCAGCAGCAACAGCUUCUGGAACAACAGCUCCAGCAGCACCAGCAGCAAUCCUCUUUUGCUCGCUAUAAUUUGGCUAAUCAAGUCCAGCCACUGCUGAUAAAAAAAGACCUUGUAGUGAACCAGACAAGCAGUGCCCAGCCUGGAGUGACUGCUAGUGCCAUACCUAGAGUCUCCCCACUGGCUCCACCAUCAGUUUCUGGGGCUCCUGCUUCUAAUGUUCCCCACGAAUUGUACGGUGGAGUUGCCUUAGAACUAAAAAAUAAGCCAACAGUAAUGAACCUAUCCACAGGUAAGCCCCAUGUGAUGAUGGUGCACCUUGAUGAGAGUAAUCCAUCACAAAGUGGCACAGUGACUCAACUGAUAAAGCGAGAGGAACCUCCUCCCCCUCCUCAGGUCUUGGAUCUUACUGGACAGAUCAAACCAGAAAACCAGGUGGCUUGCUGUGAUGUUGUUUACAAAUUGCCCUUUGGUGGUUCCUGUUCAGGGUCACUCACUCAGAAGUCUCCCACAGUAUCCUCAGAUAAAAACACAACCACUGAAAGCUCUCAAGCAGCCCAUCCUCCCCAUUCACCUCACUACAGCAUUAGCCAACAACAACAACAACAACAACAACAACACCAGCCUCAAGUUACACAAGGAAUGACAGACGAGCAUAAAGCAUACCAAACACCCAUAGUUCCCUCAGGAAGAAUACAGCCAUCCAUGUCGGAUACUAAUCUGCCUUCCAUGACCGAUGCUAGCCACUACCAGAGUAAUCUCCAAGGUGGUAUGGCAGUAGAUCUUAGCAGUAUAAAUCAGGUUUAUGAAGGUGGAUACCUUGGCAUGGGAGCACAGUAUGGUUCCUACACAGACUUGCGUCACCAAGGAGAUCUUGGAGGCCCUUCGUUACCCCUUCGCCGAUACGGCUCCAUGUCAAAUAUCAGUUCAGACUAUGCCUACAGUUCACGUGACCUAACAGUAUCACAGGACUCCAAUUUGGCUCAGUAUAGUGCGACCACUGCCAGGGAGAUCAGUCGCAUGUGUGCAGCUCUUAACACAGUGGAUCAGUAUGGGAACCGGUAUGGAACUAACGCAGAAUUACCAUAUGGGGCAGGAAGGGGUGGACCUUUAGCAAGGUUAAAUCUCCAGCAAAGCUUAGCAUCAAUAAGGGCAAAUUUACUCUAUGGACCAGAUGGAAGACCAACAGCAAAUGGCCAAACCCUAACAAAUCUAAUAAAUGCGAGACAAGCUAGUAUACGCGCCUUGUACCCUGCUGCUUUGAGGGGAGGUGAUGGCAUGAUAUAUUCUACCAUAAAUACUCCCAUUGCCUCUACCUUGCCAAUUACUACACAGCCUGCCUCUGUCCUGCGCCCCAUGCCGAGAGGAAUUUACAGACCGUACCCUACAGGUGUGACUGCUGUACCAUUGGCUAGUCUUACAAGGUUGCCUCAGUUGACUCCCAGGAUGCCUCUGUCCACGCAGGGAGCAUAUUCAUACCCUCCUCCAAACCAAUAUCAAACUUCUGCCACACCAUCAGGAAGCAUGCCCGUGGUAAGCAGCUCCCACCAAGAAACUCCAAUGUACCUCGGAAAGCCUUUAACAACAGUUGCGCCACAAACAGUUACAACAAUUGCACCAUCACAAACUGCAGUACAAAGUGUUGUUGCCACUGGGAUGUACACAACAGCUGAUCAUCAAAUAGACCACGCUAAGCUCUCAUCACAGAGUAUUACAGCUCUCUCUCAAGCUCAAAGCCAGCCUCCAACUGUCCAGCCAGUGCAGGCACAGCAGUUACCUGCUCAAACUGAGCCUUUAUCCCUCACUCAAACCCAAACUCAAGCACAACCUGUCAGUCAGCCUCAACAGUUAGUUUUGCCGCAAAGUCAGUCGCAAGCACCACCACAUGGUUCUGCACAAGCACCAAGCUCCAAACUUUCUCCACCCACAGAUGCUCAGAAAGGUAAGGAAGAUGAGAGAUUGAGUCAGCAACAAGAGCACAUGCUGCAGUUAGAACGAGAACGGGUUGAACUAGAAAAAUUACGACAGUUACGUCUGCAAGAGGAGCUCGAAAGAGAUCGUAUGGAGCUUCAGCGUCACAGAGAAAAAGAGCAGCUCCUGGUUCAGCGUGAGAUCCAAGAGUUGCAGACGAUCAAACAGCAAGUCCUACAGCAGCAGCAAGCUGAGCGCGAAACGCAGCUCAUUAUGCAAAGGGAACAACUAGCUCAACAGAGAAUGCAGCUUGAGCAAAUCCAGUCAUUGCAGCAGCAGCUCCAGCAGCAGUUGGAGGAGCAGAAAAGGCAAAAGACGGCAGCAGUGGAGGCAGCAGCGGCAGCUGCGGUGGCUGAAGCUGCCGCUGCAUCUGCUGCAGCCGCAGCAGCAGCAACAUCUGCCCAAGGUGCUAUGCAAGGGGUUGUUGUUGGAGGAGGUCCCCCUCAAGGGUUUAUUAUUUGUGACCAAAGUGGUAGAGUUAUUCAGCAAGAUGGACAGAGUGUUCAGUUUUGGCAAGAUGGGCAGCUGGUCCAAGCCGUGGUGGCAGCUCGACCUAUUCAUAGUUCAGCCUCUGAAAUGUCUUUAAAAAGCAGUGACAAACAGGUUGACUCUAAGAUUAUGAAAAAGCAGAAUUCUAUGCCUCGGCUGAGGGAUGGCUCAGAGGAGGACUCUGUGAAAAGGAUUACAGACAGCUGUGUGCAAACAGAUGACGAAGAUGGAGAGGAAAGAUUCAUGAACAGGCGCAGGAGAACUCGGCGAAUUGCAGACUGCAGUGUACAGACUGAUGAGGAGGACCAGGCAGAAUGGGACCAGCAGCCCGUAAGGCGCAGGCGAUCACGUGCAUCCAAGCACUCUGAAUCUAGUGGUGAGGCUAAAUCUGAAGGAUCAUCUAAAGUAGUUUCUGCAAGCAUAGCUAUUCAGACCACAAAUGAUUCAUCAUGCCAAACAGAACCUGACCAACUAGGCAGGGUUUCACCUGCAAUCCACAUUACAGUGGCAGAAACCUCAAAGGUUGACCUAUUACAUUACAUUGCGGCUCCUGAAAGAACGCACAAAGGAGAGAGUCUGGCCUGCCAGACAGAACCAGAGUGUCAUUCCCAGGGAGUGGUCGUCCCUCAGCUAAGUGUGCCCACAACUAUCAGCCCCUACUCAACAAGUCUGCAUAUAGUAGGUGCAAACACAUCUGACCCAAUCUCCCCUAGACUCCAAGGAGUUGUUAAGUUUGAGAGAAGGAAACCAGACCCCCUGGAAAUUGGCUAUCAGCAGCAACAGAAUGAGUCUCAUUCUCGCCAGCCCCCCAAAUCUCCCCAAGUGCUAUACUCCCCUGUAUCUCCACUGUCUCCUCAUCGCAUGCUAGAGACAACAUUUGCCUCACAGGAGAAGCUUAACAAGGCCCACGUAACGCCCCAGCAAAAGGCCUUCACCGCCGAGUCACCCCAACGCCACCAGACCCUGCCAAGACCCAUAAAAAGUGUGCAGCGUUCGAUGUCGGAUCCAAAGCCUCUCAGUCCUACAUCAGAGGACCCUGUCAAGACCAGGUUCUCCCCAUAUCACCAACAAGCUGUGUCCAACAGUCAGCAGAUGGCCUCCCUGCAGCAGCAGCAGAACUCUCUGAUGAGGAAAGUAAAGAGGACUCUCCCCAGCCCCCCUCCAGAGGAGACGCCACUUCCCAUUGUUACUCCAGCACAAAUGUACAGCUCUCCUGGCAUGCACCAGAGGGUCCUUCCAAGACCCGCCCAGGGUGUCACCAAGGCUGGCCUUCUGAGCGAACUAAAAGCUGUGGAACAAGAGUCAUCGAAGCUUCGUAAGCAGCAGGCUGAACUGGAGGAAGAAGAAAAAGAGAUUGACGCCAAGCUACGCUAUUUGGAGCUAGGCAUUACGCAACGAAAGGAGACUAUGGUGAAGGAGAGAGAGAGGAGAGAAUUGGCCUACCUGCGAUGUAUGGGUGAUGCCCGAGACUACAUGUCAGACAGCGAGCUCAAUAACCUUAGGAUGGCAGCUGCAACUGGAACCUUUGAUGCUAAUGGUUUGUUGACAAGGCCCAGCACCGCCCCACUGAGUCAGUUUACGAAUGAUCUCACUGCAACUUCCCAGUAUCCCUCAACUUCAUCUUAUAUGUCUUAUCCAUACCCUCAAACAUCUACACAGCAACCAGGCUCCACUUACCAACAGAUAGGUUUCCAGCCUCCUCAGUACCCUUCAUCCUCUGCACCCCAGCCUGGAACAUUCCAGCCACAUCCCCCACCAGGCCCUGGAUAUCAGAACCAGGGAACUUAUUCCUCACGCAUGUAUGGCCAGUCCUCUUAUCAGACAGACAUUGGCAUGCAACAGCAUGGUCACCAGGGCUUCCAUUCACCUGCUCAACCUAUGCCUGGACAGAGCCUUCCUUAUCCCACUCACAGUUCCUACCAGCCUGGCCUUUCCUAUCAGCCCCAGGCUGAGAUCCUCACCGUCCAUCAAAGACCAAGGCAAACAUCUUUGGCUGACCUUGAACAAAAGCUUCCCACCAAUUAUGAGGUCAUCAGCAACCCUGCAGUAUCAGUGGCUACAUCAGCUCCAGAUAGCAGCUAUGGUUCAGCUUAUGGCAACGCAUAUGGACAAUACCGCCCACCUGAGCCAGGCUUGACUCAUUCUGUGGAGAGCCCCACAUCUGCUUAUGCUACAGAUGGUCUCUACACUUCUAACCUAGAGCAGAGUAUUCCUAGGAACUAUGUCAUGAUCGAUGACAUCAGCGAGCUGACAAAAGACAGUGGGCAACCCACAGAUGCUCUGGGUCAUCCAGUCGGAGGGCGGUAUCGCAGUGAGAAUGGCCCCGCUCGAGGAAGUGCAUAUAGCAGGCCAGAUGAUGAGCCCGUGGACGCUUAUGGCAAACCUAUAAGUUCCACAGGUUACCAGACCACAGUGGACAGUCGCACUGGCACCACAGUGAGUGGAGGCUCUUCGUAUUACUAUGAUGAUUAUAAACACUCAUCACGUAGCAGCUCUAGCAGCCACAAAUUAACUUCCAAGAAUCUUGCCCCUGCCGUAGUCUCCUCUAAACGUAGUAAACACAGGAAGCAGGGAAUGGAGCAGAAAAUUUCUAAAUUCUCCCCUAUUGAAGAAGCACGGGAUGUGGAGUCUGACCUUGCCUCUUACACAAUGACAACAUCAACAGGGGGUUCCUGUACAGUGGUGUCCAGAUCCAAGAAACUUCAGGAUGAUGCCACCUACGGGAUGAAGAAAAGUGCAUACGACCAGCAGAAAUAUUAUGGCACCAGUCGUGAAGGUCUUGAGGACGAGGACCGCAUGUAUAGCUCUGGUAGGUCCAGGUCUACAGGAUAUGGUAUGGACAAGAUUUCUUCCAGAGAUGCCACAGGGCACCGGAGUAAAUCAUAUGAAAGAGAUGCUAUGGAGCGAUCUCAGAGAAGCAGCCGCAGUGGAAGGCCUCCUAUGCGCCAGAAUUCAGAAGAGGAGAGCCCGCUCAGUCCGGUUGGAAAGCCUGUCGGCAUGGGAAGAAGCUCUGGCAUAUCAGAAGCCCAUGACGUGAGAAACCAGUACGGCUCCAGCCAUUCACUUCCAGAUGUACAGGACCAUCAUAAGAAGGACCUGCCCAGGAGUCAUGUCUAUAAACCAGAUGACCCUUAUCUUGUAGAUGACAUGCAUUGUGCUGUUUCUGACAGUGAAGCCUAUCAUUUGGGUCAAGAGGAGACUGACUGGUUUGAGAAACCACGGGAGGCCCGUUCUGAUCGCUCAAGACAUCAUGGAAGUGGGAGUCACUCGUCCACAGGCAGACGUAGUAAACAUACUUACCAUGAUUACGACGAGCCUCCAGAGGAAUACGGUCCACAGGAUGAGUACAACCAACGCCACUCAUCCUCCACACCACGGGACCACCGUCACCACAGCAGCACCCCUGGCAGACACAGCUCUUCCCGCCACACCACAGAAGACUCCAGGUCCUCUCGGUCUUCCAGGACACACCCCAAAGACCCAUCUGGCCGUUCUGAUGGCCGGAGCUCCUCAUCUUUACAAAGAAGGACCGGUGCAGACUCCCGUUCUGCCCAGGGAAGCCCUCGGAACUCAGGAGACUUCUCUCGUGACUCCGGUCAUCACCAUGGCACUGCAGGAAGGAGUCAGAGGGGACAAGGAGAUCGCUCAACAUCCCGGAGACAGGAUCCCACUGCAACAGGGCCUAAACCACAGCAACAGCAGCCCUCUCAGGGCCAUUCUGGACAGCAGCGGUCAGGUGGGCAGGACCAGUCGGGGAGACAUCCAGGCUCUGAGCCACUUGAUGGUACCCAACAUGCUCAGCAGCAGCACCAUCAGCAGAAUGCACAGCAGCAGCAGCAACAACAGCAACAACAGCAACAACAGCAGCAGCAGCAGCAGCAGCAGCAACCGCUACAGCAAGGCCAAAUACAAAGCAGCCAGCCUAUACCAACAAGUGCAGGGGCUGGACCAGCACAGCAGCAGCCAAAAGCUGGCCAAGCUCCAGCACAGGGACGACAGCCUGGAGUAGGGUCGGCAGCAGGGCAACCACCUGCAGCGGCAAAAAUGGAAGCCACACCUGCAGCAGCUGCCACAGGAAUGAAACCUACAACAGGAAUCCCAAUAGCACCUCAGCCUACCAAAAUAGCCACGCCACCUCUAACAGGCAUUGGCUCCAAGGCUGCUCCUGUUGGGAUCGGUAGCAAACCGGGAGGUAUAGGCAGCGCUGCAGCAGGCCAGGCACCUGCUGAAGGGGAAAAUGUUCUCACCAAAAUCCUGCAAGGAGGAGCUGCAGAGCAAGCAGGAAAACUGGGAGAUGCUUUGUCCGGCCUUGGGAAGAAGUUCACUUCAUUCUGGUGAACUGAAGAGAGGAGGGGUUUGCAGAGUGGAAAUAAGUUGGAUUGGUAGCUUUGUACUGGAAAAACCUAUGAAACUGCUUUAAUACAUUUCACUUUUUCGAGGACAGGGAGGAAUGCUGAAUGCAUCAAAGUGGAAUCAAAGGAUGCCUUGUCAGCACUCAAUUCCCCAGACAUGGGCGCACGACUGAAGUGGAUUAAAUAAGGGCGAUCGCUUCGUCAGCACGGUGUUACGAGACCUGAGCAGAGGGCUGAAAUUUUGUUACUGUCCACUUGAAGUUUGUGCAGCAGAGAUGAGAGGCAGAAACCAAGAACAUGUGAGGUGGAUAAUGGUCAAUAAUAAUGAGGAUGAGGCGAACUGGAAAGAGCAAGUCAUAUCUCCCAUCCUUUUUCAAAAAAAAGAAAACAAAGUCCUCCUGGGAUCUGUGUGACAGUAAAAGCCCCACGAACUGAAGCAGGUGGAUAUCAUAGGGGAAAGUCAGCAUGCUCAUCCUUGCGUGUCCCUCCUUUGAAGCAGCUCAAUAAAGAAAGCCUCACAGCGCCCUCUACAGGGAUUUUAAUGUGACACCACUCAUGUCUUUCAAGGAUACUUGAUUCUACUUUGAUGCCUUCAGAGUAUUUUCAUGCAAAACACGGUGGAAAAUCAAGAAAAAGAAGUCAGAUUUCAUAGGUUUUACCUUGUACCAAAGAGACCAAUCUCAGCCCUAAAAGGCACCACAUACCUGGAGCAGAACUGGCAUAUCACGACAAUGACGACCAACCUGAUGACGCCGCUAAAACUCUUCAAGGCUUGGUUUCUCUGAUCUCUACAGUACAUUCCAGUAUAGGGAAAAUGACCCUGUCUUUGAAUGUGUUUUUAUUUGUCUUUUAUUUUGUUGUUGUUUCAGUGUCUACAGAAUGCAUUGUGUAAAUGUGGACAUGAGAAUGCACGCACAAAUGAAAAACUGCAAAAAAAAAAACAAAAAAAAAAAGCCCAUAUCAAUACUUUUUCACCACCUCGAAGAUGCCGCUAGUCAUUAGCUGUAGGUUUUUAGGGAAGGGAAAUUACUACCGGUGUGCCCACAUGUGUGAGAUUCACACGGAUGAGAGGACCAAAUGAAAGAAUGGCCACGGCUCUUUAUUAGCCAUCACAAAGCCAUCGUUAUAGUCAGCCCCAGAGCAUUCUGGGACUUUAUCCUUUUCAUUGAUUUGGCUCAUCUUUUAGUUUCUUUUCACUUUUUUUUGCCUGAUAUAUUCACUGAAUGGAAGAGCCUUAUUCGGUACGUUUUUACUUGUAUACCUCAUAUGUUUGAAAACGUUCAUAUUGUCAUGCAUUUGUUUUUACACUGUAUACUACUGUAUGUACAUAAGACAAAACAAGAGAUAUAAUUAUGUAAAUUUGUCGUUUUGUGUAUUUAAUGAAUCACUUUUCUGUGACUUUUUUUUGUUAUGUGGUUUACUUUGGUAAAACUUUUUAUUUAUAUUAUCUAUUUUUCACUUUGUAUUUAUUUGAAUCUCUGUUUUCUGGCAUCAAACUAAUUUGCUUAUUAAUUUUUAAAAGCAAUAGCAUGCAGAAAAUGCUAUAUAGCACAUAAAUGUAGUUUAUAGUAGUGAAGGGUAUUAUCAAACACUUCUGUCAAUAACUAGCCGUAAUACAAUUUGUCAGAGGGUUUACAAUCACAGUACCGUGUACAAACAUGCAUGGUAUAUGCAGACGCAUAAGAGCAUGCAGACAGGUACGAACACACUCUCACUUUCUCUUUCUGUCUUUCUCUCACGCUCUCUUUCUCUCUCUACCAAUUUCCUGCAAACACACGCAUACACACAUACUGCACAUGUUACACACUUUGCAUCCCUGUUACACUUCAGAGCCAAGGCUAAUUGAGUUCUCUCCAAAUAGACCUGUUAACCUCCUGCUGAUUGAUGAGGUUACCAAUUCACCAACGAGAUGAUCUCACUAACAAGCUGGGGCCACUGCCUCUCUUUGUGCAAAGACACACACGCGCACACAUGCGGACACACACACACCUAUACACACAGACAGAUACAGGAGAGGACGAAAGCAAUUAUCAAUUCAAAUGUUCUAUGCAAUGACUCAUUUUGAACCUGGAAGUGAUUCAGCCUAAAACAGUUUAUUAUCAUCACUGUACUCACAAGAAAACAAGAGAAUUAUGAACUAUGACAGCAGAAAAAAAAGUACUGAAAACGUUUUUACUUAGCAACUUGUCUGUAUGAAUUUGAAUAUUGAAUAUUGAACUAGAGUUCUUCUUGUUUGUUUUUUUGUUUUUGUUUUUGUUUUUUGUGGCAUGUUUUGACCCCUCACUCCCCGCAUGGGGGACUUGUUGCCAAAGGGUAAACUGUGUUAGACUGUCGGUUUUAUGAAUGUCCACCAUCAUGUUGCUUUGAAGCAUGGGUUUGCUUGGCUUUGUCUGGCUGUUUGUAAGCCCUCAUUCAGUUUUUGUGCGUUUUGGCUGACCUGGGCUCCUCAGUGUUUGGCUUGCAGUGACUGUCUGUGCUGCUAUAAAACCUGUGAUACAGAUGGUCAGCACUCCUCAUUAAUAUGUGUCAAUGUACAUAUUGGGUGUCAGUAUAACCUGUAAGGAUGAAUGGAAUGCUUCUAUCAGAUAUUUCAUUGUUGAUUAACCCACUCAGCAGCCAAGCCAUUGGAAAGGUGCAUGAUUAGAAACUAUAUUCUUGGAAGUUGUACCUGAAUUUAAAAAAAGGAAAAAAAAAAGAAAAAAAAAGGUAAGGCAUGAUUUCACCAAGGUUUGCCUAACAAACCUUGACGUUCACAGGCCAACGUAGAGAAUAACAAUGAGUAAAAUGUUCAGCCAGUCAUUCACAAAUCAGGGCAUGUCAUUUUGAAAGCACAAGCCUGACUGGCAGCACUCGAUGCUUGAUGAAACACAGGAAUAUCGAGGUUGUGUGACAGUGCCUCUAUCUGAACAACGUUAAGACUUGCAUAAAAACACGGUGAGGAGCGACGGUGAGGCGCAUGAUACUAAACAGAACAUUAUUAUCAGAAGGGCAGACGGGCACGUUCUCACAUUCUUACUGUAAAUAUAAAGUCAUUCUUCUGUACAGCUUUUGAGUUUCGAGUACGGCUGUCAUGUGCAUCCCCAUGCCGUAUUUGCUGCCAACUUUUGUGUAUAAAAAGAAUAUUUAUUAUCACAAUAAUGAGGAUGAUGACGAUGAAACUAAUGAUGACGAUGAUCAUUAUUACUGCAUAAGCAUAGUGUAUGUGGCUGACUUGUAUUGACUGUUUACAACAGUGGAACAAAACUUGUAUUCAGAAACAUAUCCAGUCUCUGUGGAGUUUCUAUACAUAUUGUAUUUGUUAAACGAGGAAAAAAAACCCUCCAUGGCAAUUGCAGAGCAGAAUGCCUUUGUCAGACUAUCAGGAGGUCUUUAGUUUGGUGGGUGUGAUCCGCGAGGCGACGAAGGGAAGCAACGGGGAAAAAAACUAAAAAUUUGGAAAAAUGUCAUUCACUGUUGUAAGUGCAAUGGGCAAAAUGUCAGUCGUGUAUCCAUUGUGAAACCUUGUGUUUUAUUCAGUGUAUUCCUGUAAACAGAGUAAAAUUUUGGUGCAUCAUGUCAAGUAAUGUGAUUAAUGAAAAUAUUGACCCUGCAAUUUCCAAACGGAGAAAAGAAUAAAAAGGAGUAUAUUGUGA